AUGGCGGCCAGAAACUCGGUCCUCAUCCUCCCCUUCACCUCGGGGAUCCUCAAGGACCCAUCCUCCCUGCUCCCGGUUAUCUUCGACGCCGCGCAGGAGCCAACAGAGUCGCUCACUGUCGUCUUCUCGACUCCCGGAUCAGGAAAGCAGCUCUACGCCGAGCUCCGGGAAGCUCCCAAGGCGCACUUUGAGGAGCUGCAGCGCUUCCUCGGCAAGGUUUACGCUGCUCUUGCUGCGGGACAAUGGACGGCGAACCGUGUCCUGCUCAACGUCGAGGUGCGCUUCGACGGGGAGCUCGGCGACUGGUCCGAGAAGCUGCAGGCUUUGCCGGACGAGGUCGUCCGACUCGAGGGUGACGCCAAGCUCGCCCCCUGGACGCCGGUGGGUGGGUACCCCGUGUCGGCGAUCGGGGGCACGUUUGACCACCUGCACGCCGCUCACAAGAUUCUGAUCAACAUGGCGCUGUUCGUGAGCGAGAAGCGGCUGAUUGUCGGUGUCAUGUCGCCGGACCAGCUGAAAUCGAAGAGCAACGCGGGCGUGCUUGAGGAUCUUGACACGAGGAUUGGCGGCGUCAACGCCUUCCUGAAGCGGUGUGGGCCGGGGGAUAUCCAGCUCGACGUCGUCGAGAUCCAGGACGCACUCGGACCGACGGCGUGGGAUCCCGAGAUCGAGGCCCUCAUCGUGUCGCGGGAGACCAUGUCUGGGGGAGCGUACGUGAACAAGGUCCGCAAGGAGAAGGGCCUCGGCGAGCUCGACAUUCUCUGCAUCGAUGUCAUCUCCAGCAUCGUCGCUGAGGAGGCCGGCACGACGGUCAACCUCUCCGAAGCGGACGGGGAGCAGCUGAAAGAACUCAAGAUGGGAAGCACGGCGAUCCGCGGCUGGAUCGCUGAGCAGAAGAAGCAGCACGACCUCGAGGAACGGGUCAACAAACACUAG